AUGUCCAGAGUAUACCAGCCUACAGCUGAAGACCUCGCCAAGGCGGAGGAACGCCGCCUGAAAAAGGAACAAGCCAGGAGCAACCCCGCACCGGCCAAAUUAUCCAUCAUGGAAGACGAGCGGGGCAACAUCCUGCCCCGCGAAUGGGUAGACCUCACUCAAGGGGCAGCACCCUCUGCUGGGCAGAACAUCCGCGUGAUGUCUUGGAAUCUCCUGGCUCAAACGCUUGUCCGACGAUCGAUGUUUCCUACGAGCGACUGCCUGAAGGCGAGCCAACGGGAGCAUAUGAUCUAUCGCGAGCUGGUGUCCCACAAGGCAGACAUCUGCUGUCUACAGGCGCUAGACAGGACAGACAAACUGUUCCCCGAGCUCGAAAAGGCGGGGUACGACUGGGUGUUCGCCGCCGGUCCGCGCAAGAAGCACGGGUGCCUCAUCGCGUUCCGCAAAGACGCGUACGAGUGCGUGCGCCGCCGCAUGGUCGCGUACGACGAGGAAGACGUGCGCGACGCGGACACGGAAGAAGCGCGGCGGGGCUCGAGCUUCCGCACCAAGAACAUCGGCUCGCUGGUUGCGCUUCGGAGUCUGCGCGCAGACGGCGACGGCGUGAUCGUCGCGACGACGCAUCUGUUCUGGCACCCGGCGCAAGCGGCCAUCUUGCUACGAGAAGUUGCCAAGUUCCGCGGUGAGGGCCCAGAGCCUCAACAGCGUUGGCCAUCCAUCAUCGCCGGCGACUUUAACUUUGGGCCGGACGACCCCGCGUAUGCGCUGCUCAUGGGCGAGCCGCUCCUCCCCGAGCAGAAGAAGCGGCUAGAGUACUCGUGCGUUGUACACAAGACGAUUGACCCCACCGUGCCUGCAGAUGGCGCCGGCCCAGUCGAAGAGGAGGAAGAGGGCGGCGAAACAGGCGAAAACGAUCCGGACAGAGUCAUCGCCAACGCCCGCACUGCACGACCGUCCGACGGCCUCCUAACGGACACCGAGCUCGCGGACCUCUUCACCCAAUCCGGCAGAGUGACCAGUGCAUACGAUGCUGGCCAAAGGCUCGUCCCGGGCAUCUCGGAGAGCGCGCUCGUGUUUGGGAGCAGGGCGGCCGUGCCCAAAGAGCGCCGCGGUGCGUUUGAGCCCAUCUACACGAGCUACACACACUACUGGCAAUCGGUUUUAGACUACAUCUUCGUUCUCGACGCCCCCGGGCGGGACGUUUCGAUCUUGGGCCUCGCGAAACCGCACCGCAAAGAGGCGUUUGGAGAGGGCCUGCCGCGCAAGGGCGUCUGCGGGAGCGACCACAUCUCACUCGCGGCGGAGCUGCACUGGGCGCCGCUAUAG